AUGGCGUCGCCGGCGAGCCGGCCGCUGGCGUUUGACGUGGGGGUGCUCAGUCCCGCGCAGCUGGAGCAGCUGCGCCACUUCAAGAUCCAGACUCGGAUCGCUAACGAGAAAUACCUGAGGACCCAUAAAGAGGUGGAGCUGCUCGUCGCGGGGUUCUUCAGAGAAAUGUUUCUGAAAAGACCAGAGAAUAUCCUAGAAUUCGCUGCAGACUAUUUCACGGAUCCAAGACUUCCCAACAAGAUUCGCCUGCAGUUGAUGAAGGAAAAGAAAGGGACUUAAUGAGGAACCCCCCACACACAUCGGCCUGGAGAGCCCCGGCAGGAAUGGGGGUCAUCUGGAAGCUGGAGCGCUUUGUCGCCCUGCCCUCCGGGUGGGAUUCCCAAGCUGUCCUGGGCUCUGCCUGAAGAGGCUCAUUAAACACCCUUCUGCCUGCUCUCA